UUCGAGAUGGACAAUAAUGAUCCAGUGGAUGAGUACGUGGAAGCCGCUCUGCGGAGCGCGUUGACAGGAGUCGCCAACCAUCCGAUCGUGGACUAUAUGGUGGCGCUGGUCAUGGAGGAGGUCGUGGAUGCGCAGUCAGCCGCAGCGACCAACAACACUAAGUCGAAAAAGGUGAAAAAAGUCAAGUCGACGUUUGACUUGGCAUCUCGAGCGAUCGAAAACGCCUUGUUGGCAUCGGAAGCGGACCUUGAUCUGAAAACCCACGACAUCUCCGCUGUUAUCGAGGCUGUGCUGGUGCAUUUGCAUGGGAGCUUUCAUCCUCCACCAAGCGACCAUGUUACAGACAACAUAGGAUUCGACGUUGGUGCAACCUGUAUGGCCAUCCUAGCCGAGGACGACUCUUGGCACGAAGCGGUCGUCGUGUCGUUUGAUGCUUCAGAAUGCACCGUUGAAGUCUGUUUUGUCGAGUUUGGCAACGUUCAGGUGGCGGGGCUGUCGUCUGUGGUGUUGGCAGACAACGUGCUGACUGACGAUGCUGCGGAUAUGUGCGCUAUGUGCGAGCGAUGUGUGCCUCUCACCGAGCAUCAUUUGAUUCCGCGCCAAGUCCACACGCGAUAUCUCAAGCGAGGGUUCACGCGGGAGUACUUGAGCCGAUGCAUUGACAUUUGCAGGGCCUGCCACAGCAACAUCCACAGCCAUAUUGACAACCGGACGUUAGCCGACGACUUCAACACGCUGGAAAAGCUCCUGGCUCACGACGCCAUCAGCAAGUACGUGGCAUAUGCAAGAAAGCAAAAGGCUCGCAUUAAACCCAUGAAGAAGAAGUAAUAGUAACAGCAAACUACUUGACGCCGUUUUAGCAUUAUGAUAUCCUAACUUUCCAACGACCCCUUUAAUUGGCCAGUAUCUAUCUUGUCGUUAGCCUAACAUUCAAAUACCUCUAUGUAGCAAACUUGUACCCAUGACGUGGCACGAAGACACUGUUCAACACAUUCAAUUUAGAACGCCCCCGAUUUGUCGUCGAUUUCCUCGACAAAGCUCGCAAACAGCGUCGACGGAUUGUGAGCGUGACAACUCACUUGCAGUGCCACGUACGUUUUGCCGGCACUCCACUGCAGACGCUGUCGACUGAGUUCGUCACGGCUAAGUCGAAUGGACUUGUCGCUCAUGCCUUCGCCAGGACUCUGCUCCAUGACGAACUCUGGACCAAUGUAGUUGAACCCGGCCAAUUUGAGGUGGGUGUGGGGGUAUGCGGCGGCAACGCACUGCGCCCAGGACCAUCUACACGACGACGACCCUACCAUGUCGGCAUUCCCCAAGCUAUGGACUUGCUUUGAAAUCUCUUUUUGUCGGCGAUCGAUCGAAGCAAAUGCGUGCAGUGGCAGGCUGCACCGCUUGGCCCACUCUUUUUUACUGCCACUGGUGCGGUACUCCUCAAACAAAUUGACGAAAUUGUCGCAAAUGGACGGGCGGUCCCAAUCUAUGUCGUCCAUGUCGGCAAACGCACACUGCCGAAACAACGACGAAUAUUCGACACAUGCAAUAACCACCGCCGCCUUGUCCGAGCCGUCAUCUUGCGCAUUCCCAGCACGAUCACAGAAACGAUGAUCGCUGUCCCGUGCGACAAGCAACAACUGCACCGCGUUCAAGUCCAAGCCUAGUCGAAGCAGUUUGAACGCGUGAUGGCCCACGGACGUAACUCUCCACGGGCUUGAAGUAGUGUCAAUCAUGCGAAAUCUGACCAGUUGGUCGACACAAAAGCGCAGUUGCGGCUUGCCUGGAUGCUCAAUCCAGUCAAACUCGAACGGGUUCGUGUCGCUGGCCACCAACCGCAGCACAAUGUGCUCCAGAUCCGAGUAGCUGGCCUUCUUGGUUUGCGCGAAUAGGGCCUGCUGGUCUUCCGAGUACAAAUGCGUGCAUUCGCCAGGUCCUUCUCGGCCACACCGACCCAUUCGCUGCACCACGGACGUUCGUGCAAUAAAUCCCACCGAGUGCACCGUGGCCCCGCAGAAGACAUUGCGGGACACCACCACUUCCAACCCAGAGUCCACUACGUACCCCACGCCCGGGAUGGUCAACGACGCUUCGGCGAUAUUCGUGGCAAAGAUCACUCGACGACGACAUGGGGGGGUGGCGGCUAAUGGAGGUCGACGGGGCGAUUUGGGUGUCGAUGGCUGUUCGGGUCUGGCAUUUGUUCGACAUUUGUACUGCCGGAGGGGGCUUCUGGGGCCUCGGCAAUGUCGUGAUGGACAUUGCGUUUCAACACGAUAUCUUUGGCUGCGUCGUCGACCCGACCGUGCAGCGGCAACGGCACCAGGUUCUUGAUUCUACCCGCCUUCACCUCUUGGUCGAUGCGCGCCACGGCCUCUUCAAUGUCUGUAAUGCGAGGGAGAAACACAAGCACGUCUGGGAACUCGUGCACGGGUUUCGUCAUGUGCAGGUUGACCACGGUGCGAAUCACUUGGGACAUGUAGUCCACAUCGGACGGAUAAUGCACCGACGUGACCGGAUGCUGCCGCCCCUGGAUCGUCUCCACGGGCAUGUCGUUGGCUCCAAAGAACUCCACGAGCCGCUUUUCGUCCACUUUGGCAGACAUAAACACAAUCUUUAGCGCGGGGUGGUGUGUUCUCGCGGCUUUGAGUUUGCCCAGCAGCAAGUACAAAUCCGCCGACUCUUCGUGCACUUCGUCCACGAAAAUCACUGAAAACUGACCAAACCACGGGUCCGAGAUGGACUUGCCCAGAAUGAUGCCGCCGCUCACGCAUUCCAGCAGCGUCCUCGUCCUGUGCACGUUUCGAUCCGACUUGGCCGCAUUGUGCGUGCCGACGUGGUACCCCACGGUUCCUCCCCCCACCGCCGCGUUUCGCAUGCUCGCCAUGAACUUGGCCAAGUUCUUGGCGGCAGCUCGUCGUGGCACCACCACACAAAAGCGCUUGGCGGCAGUCACCAUGCCUCGAGCGAUGUAUUCCGUCAGGUAAAACUGAGGCAGACACGUCGACUUGCCACUGCCCGUUUCAGACACGACCAGCAGCAGCAUGGACGAAGGACGUUGGAGAUGCGACACGAGCGACGCGCGGUGGUUGUACACUGGGAGCUUGGUUUGAAACAUGUGCACUUCGGCCACCAAGCAUUCGUUCAGCAGCGCCAAGUUGGUGGACGCCGCCGCCGCCGACAGCGUCGUACACACGUGCACGAACUGAUCGCGCAUGGCCAUCUGGUCCUGGAACGCCCGCAUGAACUCGAGCAGGUCCUCUUCCUUGGCGGGCGUGAAGUUGGCCAUUUCCUGCAUCAGCAAGGCACCGGUAUGCUGCGCCUCCAACGCCAACGCCGUCGCGCCACGGUGAAGUGUCUCGACGUCGGCUUCGAUCUGCUUCAAAUUCAAUUGCAAUUGCACGACCUGAUUAGUCAUCGCUUGGAUGUGAGCUUGGGCCUGGUUCUUUUCCGCUUCCGUCGGCAUACGAGGCGGUGGCGACCCCCACAACCACGAAAUGAAGCCCGUAAAGAAGCCCGUUUGCUGCGUGUUUGCAAUGUCUGCCGCGUUCACAAGCCGAGCGACGUGCGCUCGCAUUUCUUGCAACCGUCGAGCACAUGCCCGUCGUUCGUCGUUCUUUGGGCUCCAAGAAGCAUCCUUGAACUGCCUCGCUUUCAGUGUUUUGACGUCCAAGUCGGAUCUCAACGUACGAAUGCGAGUCAGCGCCCGUGUGUCCUCCCGCUUACACAACACGUCGUGGGUGCGUCGAAGGGUCUGUUUUUCACGGUCGAGUAACGCAACGACCUUGCGCACCAGUUUGGGUUGGAACUGCGCGGCAAACACAUCUGGGAUGGUCGAUUCCUUGAGAACUUGGCGCUCCACGUCCGAGAGCACGUCCAGCACGGCCCACAAGUACAACUGCGUGAGGUUUUGAAAGUCCCGGGCGUCGACGGCGAGGUCGAUUUUGGCCACUGAUGACGUAAACAUGGUC